UCAUUGUCAGCGUGUGUGAAAAGACAAGAGUGAGUGUGCAUGGUCUGAUUCAGGCCUAAUGAAGUGGUUUCCCUCUGGGCAGAGCUAUAAACCCAGUAGCUGCUCUGUCUGGGAAUCUAGUCAGAAGGCAACUGCAAGCGUUCACCACUCUCUGAAGGGAAGCUCUUCCAUGCUGGCUUUGCCUCCACUAUGGCAAAAAUCAUUUUGAGGCACCUCAUAGAAACUCCAGUGCGUUACCAGGAGGAAUUUGAAGCUCGGGGUUUGGAAGACUGCAGACUGGAUCAUGCUCUAUAUGCACUGCCUGGGCCAACCAUCGUCGACCUGAGAAAAGUCAGAGCUGUGCCGCAAUCUCUUCCAGUGGACUCAGCAACCACAGAGACGCCACCUCAAGAAGGCAAAUCCCGCUUUCAAAUUCUGCUGGACGUGGUCCAGUUCCUCCCCGAAGAUAUCAUCAUUCAGACCUUCGAGGGCUGGCUGCUGAUUAAAGCUCAACAUGGAACCAGAAUGGAUGAGCAUGGUUUCAUCUCACGAAGCUUCACCCGACAGUACAAACUGCCAGAUGGCGUUGAAACCAAAGAUUUGUCUGCCAUCCUCUGUCAUGAUGGAAUUCUGGUGGUGGAAGUAAAGGAUCCGCUUGAGACUAAGUGAAACCUUAUCGGUUCCUGUUCCUAGGAUAUGAAGAAGAUGUUCUAUGGAUGGUACCACGGGAAUUUUUGUGCUACCCACGUUUGAAAUAAUUUGCUAUGACUUUUAUGAAGAUUAAAAAUAUAUACAUAGUUCCUGGUAGGUUGAAGAUGUUUUUAUUAUUCUUAUGCCGAAAGAGAAAUUGUUAAAUAUGUUUGUGCAAUUCAAACUGAUACUAUUCUUACAAGGAAAACAUUGAACCUUUAGGAGACUGUACUUUGAUACUAGAGAGGUCUCAGGAUUGUUUCUUAAUGACUCCAACAAUGCUAGACAGGCUAUGUUUUUAUAAUUCAUGGCAAAAGAGUGUUCUCACUUAAGGAAUCCUUUUCCAUUUUGUGAAAAUUUUUAUACUGCUAAAAAGAGUUGUGAUUCCCUUCACUUGAUAAGCUUUUCUUUUCAGUGAAUUUUAAUUAAAGUGGAGUUUUAUAAAUAUGGAGUGUGAAAGUUAAAAUACAGCACUUGGAAAUUGAGUGUGAAAUUUAUUUAUGAUUCAUGAUAGUUGUUACUGCCUUAAAUAUCAGUUGGAAAAUCCAAAUAAAAGUAUUAUUCUUAAAAAUU